GGCGACUAUGUUCCUGGAAUUUGGGUUGACGGUAUGGAUGUACUUGCCGUUCGUGAGGCUAUUCGCUGGGGCAAGGAGUACUGUAAUGCCGGGAAGGGACCACUGGUGCUGGAGCUAGCUACAUACAGAUACUCAGGUCAUUCAAUGUCUGAUCCUGGUACCAGUUACCGCACUCGUGAAGAAAUUCAACAAGUGCGCAAAACCCGCGAUCCUAUCACUGGCUUCAAAGAUCGGCUUAUCACGUCCGGUCUCGCUUCGGAGGAUGAUCUGAAAACAGUCGAUAAAGAAGUUCGCAAGGAAGUGGACGAGGCCGUCAAAACGGCGAACACUUCAUCGCUGAUGCCUGAGGAAGGGAUCUAUACUGACAUAUAUCACAACACUGAGCCGCAGCUUGUAAUAUCUGCCAUUCCGUGUUUCACAGUUUUACUUUUUGUUACAGGUGCGAGGCGCUACUGUCGAUGUCUCUCACGUCCAGAAGUAUAUUCAUUCUGCUGA